GUUUAGGUGGUUCCGCCUCUCCUCCUCCGACAGAACUCGGCUGUUGUCGCUGACUCUCGAAGCGCCCAAGUGGAGGAGAAAAAGGAAAGGAGAGAGGGGGGACUGGUCGUAGGGAGGAAGGAGGGAAAAAAGUAAAGGAAAAUUAAAUAUUAACACCAGGCGUCAGCGGAAAGUGAAAGUGGUGCGUUUCGGAAGCUUUGAAGUCUCCUGAAGGGUCCAGCUGGUCUUUCACAGUCUAUGUUGUAAACACGUUACUGUAGUUGUGACAUUGCGCGGUGAGCGACACAGCAAAGGGAAAGGUCUCCUCCCAGUCUGUUGACGGAUACAGUUCGGCUUCAGUGAAAGGAGACACGGCUAGACCUGACCAGUGUUGCAUUGCCCAGGAUGUCUUCGAAGGCUCACAGCUCUAAUAAUAUCGCCAAUGCCAGGCGAACGGUGCAGCAGCUGAGAAUAGAGGCGAGCAUCGAGAGGAUAAAGAUAUCCAAGGCCUCUGCAGACCUAAUGAACUACUGCCAUGAGCACGCCAGAAACGACCCUCUCCUCAUGGGCAUUCCUGCCUCAGACAAUCCCUUCAAGGACAAAAAACCCUGCACUAUAUUGUAGUGGAUGCCACUUAGCCCUUAUGUGUUUUUUUUCUUUUGUUUUGCUUAUUAAUGUUGCUGUAUUCUUUUGUGUUGGGAUGAGAGUGAGGGGUGGACUGUGAUUGAAUCAUUCCCAUGUGUUCACCUAUUCUGUUAAUGCAAUUUAAACACCAUUUACCCUAAAAUAGCAACUCAUACUGCGCUAAAAAAGCCCCUUUAGCCUGUACUGCUCUUUCCUUAUCCUUCACUCUGAGCUCUGACCACUAACAAGACUUUGGCUGCAUGAUUUGUGUUGGUAUCAGGUACGUUGUGUUAAAAAAAUACAGAUUUUAUUGUUGGGCUACUUUAGUGAUGGAUUAAUCCUUACUAUGUUAACUGUCUCAUCCCCAUCAGGCUGUGACUGUUGUUGUCCUCUACAUGGAUUCAUGCAGCCAAAGCUCAUCCUCAGUACUUUAAAAGUUUCUUCUUCAUUCCCAAUAGUAUUUCACCCAUUUCUGUGCAGUUAAGAUUAUGAAAUAUCUUUGAUCAGGGCAAUAUUUUCACUAAAUAUGAUGUUAAAUUCAGAGUAUUCUUGCAUCCCAUGUCUUAGACAAUCCACAUAUAUAUUUAAUCCUUUGUUUUCCUCUCUGGUAUUUGCAGUAUGAUUACCAUGAUACAGUGUUGUCAAUUUAAUGAAGCAUCUUGUUAAGAUCUAAAACCUUUAAUACAAAAUCAUGUCUGCUCAGAUUCAAGCCAUUGCCAUCAUAAGACCCCAGUGCUGUGAUGCUGAACCAGAGCAUGCAAAACACAGAGAUGAACAUGCAAAAGUAGUCUCUGUUUGUUUUACUGUCUGUGUCAGCUGACAUCUUGUGUUGUAAGGAAACUGGGACCAAGCCAAACUGGCGAUACUGGAUUCCGAAACAUCUAAAAAAAUGUCUGAAUGAAACUAUUUUUAAACAUUCCUUCUAAAAACACUCUGUGGUACUCUAUUUAUAGAAUGCUGACGGCACGCCAGCAAGUGCUGCACAAGACUGUGAGUCACGCUUUCUUACUGAUCACAACAUGUGUCUUAGGUGAGCGAAUGUGCUGCACGUUGUUUGUUGUCCUAAUUUGUUUGUGCAUGAGUGUUACAGCUGCAAGUGGCAAUGUGUAUUAAUGAUUAAACAAAAAAAACCACGACUCCAUCACUGUCCUUAAAGAGUAUAACAUUUGGUGUAUGUGGGGUGUUCAGUCUUCAGUCUUCACAUUGUGAUUCUUGGGAGGAAAAAAUCUGCUAUUGUGACAUGAAAAAAAGAAGCAUUAAUCAGAUUUUCUUACACUCUAAAGCCUUACUUAUGUCUGCCUUGUAUCAAGAACACUCAAGGGGAGUACUUUCUUGAAAAAACUGUUUCUAUCAAAUGUUUUUAUCUGUGGGUUGAAGGUGAUUUGCAAUGAUAUAUUGUGCCAUCUGUUCUUGUCCUUGUGUCACGAGCGGAAAAUGUUAAAUGGUGUUACACUUACCUGGUGCUCUGCUUUUUCAGCUGUUAUGGUCUUGUUGCCUUCUCCAAAGGGUACGUUCAGGUCUUCAAAUCAGCGAGAUCUGGUGUUAUUAUCCAGUCCUACUUUAUGAUUGUGUCUAACUGUCAGUUCUUCUUACUUGCAAUAAAUCAUCCCUGUUUGCCUCUUUUAAGGAAGAGUUCAGAUUACCACUGCCAUGUUGAGAUCUCUGUCAAUUCUGUAACUGCCUUACUGCACCGUUGUUGGAUUAAUUUAACUGUCAGAAUCUACAUUUUGAUAAUUGUCUUUAUUAAUAUACCAACCUUUGUAUGAAGACUUAAUUAAGAUUAAUAAAGUGAAGCAUUCCUACAGUGCAAUACUGUACUAAUAUCUCAAUAAAGAUGUGUUGUGCUGCACAGUCUGAACAUUUAAACUCAA